UUGGUGCGCAACAUCACGGUACCCGGAUAAAGGUUGACUAUAAAUACAGGACAAUUGUAGGCGGGUGUUGUAGUUCAAACCGACAGUCGGUGCUGGGCGCUAAGCUACUUGUGUUUGUGCCGCAGCGUCGGAACGAAUUUUUGCAUUUUGAACAUGGCUGGCGGCAAAGCGGGUAAAGACUCUGGGAAAACCAAGACGAAGGCUAUUUCGCGCUCACAGAGAGCAGGACUGCAGUUCCCAGUGGGUCGUAUCCACAGACACCUCAAAUCCAGGACCACCAGCCACGGCAGAGUGGGCGCCACCGCAGCGGUCUACAGCGCGGCUAUUCUCGAGUAUCUCACCGCCGAGGUUCUGGAGUUGGCAGGAAAUGCAUCAAAGGAUCUUAAAGUGAAGCGUAUUACCCCACGCCACUUGCAGCUGGCCAUCAGAGGAGACGAAGAGCUGGAUUCACUCAUCAAGGCCACUAUUGCUGGUGGAGGUGUGAUCCCUCACAUCCACAAGUCUCUGAUUGGAAAGAAGGGCCAGCAGAAGACUGUAUAACCUGAAGUGCUCUGGAUAUUGUGCCAUCUCAGGACGAAGUCUACAUAAAGUGGUUAAUGUCUUAGAUUAGAACACCAUUAGUGUUUUUAUGGUUGAGCUUGCAUUUACUCACCUGGGGUAUUUUUAAAAGUGGCUUCAAAGAAGCUCUUUUUGUGUUUUUGUUUUCUUUUUUUUUUUUUUUUUGCUUUGUUCCUGGUUUCUGCAGUCUGUGUUCUAAUUUGCUUAUGUGGCAUUCCCAUGUUGUAGUGUUUUAAUAAAGCUCUUGCUGAGCA